AUGGCAGAAAAAGAACGCUACCACCGGGCCAUCAUCCUGGAAGACGAUCCAAAAUUCGCGGAUGACUUCAUGCUGCAGGUAGAACGAGGUCUUGCGGAGCUUUUCGUGGUAGAUGCUAAUUUCGAUUUUGUGUAUCUUUCUCGUCAGAAGCGUCCUGAGGUUGGGCCCGAAGAGUAUCUUUCGCCGAAUAUAGCGAGGGCAAAAUACUCCUACUGGGCUAAUGCAUAUUUGCUUUCUUCGAAUGCGGCCAAGCGCAUGGUAGCAGCAGAUCUUCCACAUAAUCUGGUGCCGACUGAUGAGUUCAUCCCUAUGAUGUACGGAUCCCACGUUAUGCUGGAAGAGUGGGCACCAUAUUUUCCGAAUCGUCAAUUCCAAGCAUACGCAAUAGACCCACUGCCAAUUGCACAGGAUUUUGAAUACGACGCAUUUGGAAAGGUGAUUUCGUCAAGCACCGCAUGA